CACUGCGGUGUCAUUUUAUUUACAUGAGACUCCAGCUGUUACACUGACUCUGCAAACAGAGCCGAUGUGUGUGUCCGUGGGUGUGUGUCAUCUCCACGUGAUCCCGCUUGCCAAUGUCCUUCUACAAACCACUCAGCAUAAUGGCUGCGGAUGCUGCGGAUGCUCUCCUCCCGCACCGCAUCCCCUUACCACACAUCCUGCCCCUGCUCCUCCUGAUCGUCUCCGUUAUCACCAAACCGAGCCACGGGCUGCUGGGCUUCCGACCGGAGGACACAGGAGGAGAUCUAUCCGUGCAGGACGGGGUGCUGAAGGCCACCGAGGGGACGCGGUUCAUAUUACGCGUGUACUAUGCAGCAUCUCCGCAGAGGCACAACCGGAGCGUCAGCAGCUCCGGCGGCACAGCCGCGCCGUGGAUCGCUUUCAUAGAAGAACCGGAGCCGGGCAGAGAGGGGCAGGUGCAUCCCAAACGCAACUUGUGCGUGGAGGAAAGCGCCAGGAGCUCUGAUAUAGAGCUCAUCGGGUCUUUUAAGUCAGCCUCCAGCCAGAACUCCAUCCUGGUAGAGCUGCUCGCCAAAGACCUGCGGAGAGGAGAGAACAUCAAGUAUUACUCCAUGUGCGCCUUUGACGGGAUCAAAUGGGAGCACUACCGGACGCGCGACUUCUGGCUGGCGGUAGUGGAGCGGCCGCCGCAUACGGAAGGGUGGCUGCAGGCAGGACUGUCGGUGCUGCUACUGGCGCUUUCCGCGCUCUUCAGCGGGCUGGUGAUCAGUAUGCUAGCGCUGGACCCGGUGGAGCUCAAAGUGUUGCAGAACAGCGGCACGGGCAAGGAGCAAAAGUACGCGCACAAGAUUGAGUCGGUGCGCAAACACGGCAACUACGUCCUGUGCACCUUGGUGCUGUGCAACGUGCUUACCAACACUUUCCUGGUGGUCUGGAUGUGCCAGAUCCUCGGAGCAACGCCCGUCUCCACCGCGGCGUGCACUUUUCUCAUCUUCUUCAUAGGAGAGAUCCUGCCGCACUCCGUUGCUUCUAGACACGGGCUGGCUAUCGCGUCCAAGACCGCAUGGUUAACCAAGAUGCUGAUGCUGCUUACUUUCCCCAUUACAUAUCCUAUCAGCAAACUUCUAGACAAUAUGCUGCACCAGGAAAUCAGCAACUUCUACACCCGUGAGAAGUUGCUGGCUAUGCUGAGAGUUACCGACCCGUAUCAUGACCUGGUGAAAGAGGAGCUGAACAUCAUCCAGGGAGCUCUGGAACUCAGGAGCAAAACCGUGGAAGACGUGCUGACCCCUCUCAAUGACUGCUUCAUGCUGGCCUCGGAUGCCAUCCUGGACUUCUACACCAUGUCAGAUGUAAUGCAGAGCGGAUACACUCGCAUUCCUGUGUUCGAGAACGAACGGUCUAAUAUUGUCGACAUACUUUUCGUCAAAGAUCUGGCAUUUGUUGAUCCAGAUGACUGCACGCCGUUAAAAACCAUCACUCAGUUCUACAAGCACCCGCUGCACUGUGUCUUUAACGACACCAAACUGGAUGCAAUGCUGGAGCAAUUCAAGAAAGGGAAAUCUCAUUUGGCUAUCGUGCAGAGGGUCAAUAACGAAGGAGAAGGAGACCCGUUCUACGAAGUCAUGGGCAUCAUCACUCUGGAAGACGUCAUUGAGGAAAUCAUCAAGUCUGAGAUUGUGGAUGAAACGGACCUCUACACUGAUAACCGUACAAAGAGACGAGUAUCUCACCAUGAGAGGAAACAGCAAGACUUCUCCAUAUUUAAACUGUCAGAGAAUGAAAUGAAGGUCAAAGUUUCACCACAGCUUCUGCUUGCAACACAUCGCUUUCUAGCAACAGAAGUAGAGCCUUUUAAGUCGACACAUCUCUCAGAGAAGAUACUCCUGCGAUUGAUAAAGCACCCGAGCGUGGUGCAGGAACUCAAGUUUAAUGAGAAAAACAAGCAAUCGCCAAAGCACUACCUCUUCCAGCGCAACAAACCUGUGGAUUAUUUCAUCCUCAUACUGCAGGGUCAAGUGGAGGUAGAGAUCGGUAAAGAGGGACUGAAGUUUGAAAACGGGCCGUUCACAUACUACGGCUUACCUGCUAUCAUGACAAUCCUUCCCACAGUUCACAGAUCACCGUCCCAGAGCAGCGGUCUCAAUCAUUCGGAUACUACAAUUCAUGUAGGCAGUCUGGGUCAACUGAGCAUCAGCGGAGGACCGUAUUUACCAGACUAUUCAGUUCGCCAGCUCACAGACCUACAGAUCAUUAAGAUCACUCGUAACCAUUAUCAGAACGCCCUGACAGCUACACGCAUGGACAGCUCUCCACAAACACCCGACGCAGACAGCCAAGUGCCCGGGGAUAGAAUGACAAUCCCUGAGACGCGCUCCAACAGUAUCGCCCUUCCUCUGACAGAACCACGACCCUAUCUGACCCGAUUCCACCAGCACAGACACCUCUACAGACACCCAGACAGCACCAGCACCCUUAAUGAGAGGAACCGCAUCGUCCGAAGUAAGUCAGAUGGACAGAAGAGCCCCAGUGACUCUGUGUUCCUGCGUAUGGAUGACACCCCAUAUAUAAGAGACAAUCACGUGGAAAGAAAAGAAGGAACAGAUGCAACAGCUGUACCCAUGGAUACAGACCAGUCUACAUCUCAACUCAUCAGCUCUCACUCUCUGGGUGGCUCGGAUGAGAACCUGGGGAAAAAACUGCUUCGGAAACUCAGUGUGUAUCAGCUGCCAAGCACCUGACUGAAUCACAAAUUUGUGAAUCUCUCCCGUAAUGGCAGGACACCUGCUUUUCCGUCUGCACAAACACACACACACCUGCUUUAAUUCUGCAUUUUCAAACUCAACAUCUGUUUCCUAGCAACCAGCCAGGCAGCCCACACAUCCGUUUAAUAAAAAUUGACAAGUCACUCAGAACAAUGUGAUUUACGCAAGUAGGACAUAUUUCUGGGUCUGCAGCCUUUUUUGCUUGUGGAAAAACUUUUUAUCAAGAAAUCAUACCUGCUGUUAAAAGAUGUGUGGGAGGUUGGUGCUCCGGCAAAGCUUCUUGAUUUAUUAUUUACUUAGUUAUUUAUCAUCAAUUCGGUAAUGUUCCCUAUUUACAUUCCUGCAUGUGGUAGACACUUUAAUACAGCAAUUCAUAUUUAAUUUAAACUAUAUACUUCACUGGGAUUCAAACGCAUAAUUUCUAAAGUUAAAUUUAAUUUCUGAUAAAAGCUAAAUGUUUUAAACGUUAAAAUUGACUGGGUUUUCAAUAUACUUUUAUUCUAUCUUGGAAGUCUGAAAAACCUGAAAACCUUGUAAUCCUUUUUAACAAUUUUUCAAACAUGAUUACAGUUAAAGUAUAUUCAUUUAAAUUCCAGUGUGUCCAUAGAAAAUACAUGCUUCUGUUUUUUUUUUAUUCCAAAUAUCCCCUUUUCAAGCUACCAUUAAAAAUAUUUACUCAUAUUGAAAAAUCAACUAAAAAUUGUUUAGAUUAUAUAGAUUUGAAUUCUACUUAAAUUCAAAUUCAUAUUAUGCAUUCUGUUUCAGUCCAAAUGUAUUUCAAAUUCAGGACUUGCAUUUAAAUAUUAAAGGCAUUCUUAAUUCAAAAAACCUGUCAGAAACAUGCCCUGUUUGCUAAAUCACAGUAUUCAUCAAUCUGACAUUUUCAUCAUUUAUUCAUACUUAUUCAUCAGUUGACAGCUUUUUUUAUUUAAAAAAAAUUCAUUUCAAAACUAGGGAUUUCACAUUUUACUUUCUAUUCUCCAGGCAACAAAAAAAGAAAGAAGUCUCGUGAUGGAGAUAAACCUCUGGAAGACAAUCCUGAACAAUCACAGGUGAAGACCUAGCAUUCGUUGAAUGGGUUUUUGCUCUCUCACCUGCUUCUCCCACAAAUGUGAAAUUGACCAUCACAACAGAUGUAGCAUCAGAAAACCUUGCCUUCAGCAUUGCAAUGGGCUGGACAACCUGAGAAAUAUAACAAACCAGAAAUUUACAACAUGCAGCAAGACAUGUUUUCUUUUUAAUUGACGAGAUGCUACAUAACCGUUGAUAUACUACCGUUUUGAUGGAGGUUUAUGAUGAUGUCAUCUCCAGUCACUGUGGUAAUGACAUUCUGACCUCUGACUCCGGGCAAAGCCAGCAAGCACAAGCCUGGAGACCUGAAGUCAACCGUUUGACCAAUGUGAGGUCAGAACCUUUAGUAUGUCACAAGAUAUGGUCAGCUUUCAGUAGAAUUAUCCAGAAACAAAGUGUUUAUUGUGUGUUUUUAUAUCAUAUUAAGUGAGAGGUAUUUGCCAGGCUGUGUCUGGAGCUCAAUCAAGAUAUCAGAGCACUUUGAGACAGAUCAGAUCCAUUUAAUUCAUAUUCUGUUGAAUAGCUGAGGUGUUGACAGAGAAGAAAUACCUAUAUUAGGUAAGUGGUGUCAGAAUCUUUUGUUUUCUUUCUAUUUUCUGUUUUCAAAAUAAUUAAUAUUUUAUAUUUAUUUCUUAUCAUUUUGCUUUUAUUUUUGCACAUAGAGAGGUACAAAGAUAAUUUUUUAAGCUAUUUUAUGUGGCAGUGCUAAUGGUCCAAGCACAUGUAUUUGACAUUAGAUUUAUUUGUUUAAAAAUAAUAUUUAUUAUAUCGGCAUGCUUUUCUCGAACAGCAGUGUUAUUAUUGAUAUUAUUAGAACAGCAUUGUGCUUAUUGUAUAAAAUAUUAUAAAAAGUUAGGAUAUGCGCAAAGCCAUAACUCGAACAAACUUGAAGCACUGAUACUAAAAUGUCACCUCAGAUAUAGAUAUAUUGUGUGUGUGUGUGUGUGUGUGUG